ACAUAUAUAUAUAUUUAUUGGUUUACACAAUCAUUAAAACUUUAUAGUUUACACUUUACACAUAACACAAUGAAUUAGUUACAGGGACAUUAACACAUUUACUGACUGAUUUUUAUGCAACCCGCCCUAAAUUAAAUUAAUAACAUGUGUAUCAGUGAUUAUAUUAUUACUGUAGUGCUCAUUAGAGCCUAAUUUAUGAUUUAUGGUUAUUAUUUCAACUUAUGGGUGUAUACUCUGUAUAUGUAUUUCUAAUUUGACUUAUUAUAAAAACCCAGUUUUAAAUCAUGUCAGUCAAAGAAGAACACCCAUUACAUAUAGCUGUAGACAAUACACCAACACCUGAACCUAGUAUUAGUAAAUUACCUGAUACAGAAGAAGAGACUAAGAAACUAGAACCUGUCGUUGAAGAAAGGCCGAUUUUCCAAUGUCGUAAUUGUGGAAUGACUGAACAAUACGAUUGUUUUGGGAAUCGUGUGCCAUUUAAUCGUAAUGUGAAAACUAUAGCCGAUGUUUACAUAGCAAGAGAUCCAUUUUCUCCUCGUAGCCAGAGACAGUAUUUAAUUUUAGGGUCUGUAUGUUCAAUGUGUGAUAAAGAUGUAUGUUUAAAACCCGAAUGUAGUAUAUUUUAUUCGAAAUACUUUUGUUCUAAUUGUGCUCGAACACAUAUUAAAAAUUUCCCAACAAAAAUUCAAGAAAAAAUUAAAACAGCUAAUCGCAUUUAGUUUAUUUAUACGGUGACACUGUUUUUCUACACUGACU